CCCGGCUUCCGGCGGCAGCGCUGGCGAGCUGAGGCGGAGGCGGCCGGUGGCGGCGGCGGCGGCGGCGGUGACGGCGGCGGCGGCAGUGGCGGUGGCGCCAUGGCAGGGCUCGCAGGAUCCUUGCUGCCUUGCUGAUCCCAGGCUGACAGCCAGAGAGCACAGCGGCUCAGCUCCUGGAGAGUGAGGGUUGAAGAAAGCGGAGGGCAGCCGCCCGCGGCCGCUGGCUCCCAUUAGGUCGGUUCCUGCAGCGGCGCCCAGCGGCCUUGGAGAAGGCCCUGCCCAGCAGAGAUCAUGUAUUGCCUCCAGUGGCUGCUGCCCGUCCUCCUCAUCCCCAAGCCCCUCAACCCCGCCCUGUGGUUCAGCCACUCCAUGUUCAUGGGCUUCUACCUGCUCAGCUUCCUCCUGGAGCGGAAGCCUUGCACAAUUUGUGCCUUGGUUUUCCUGGCUGCCCUGUUUCUCAUCUGCUAUAGCUGCUGGGGAAACUGUUUCCUGUACCACUGUUCUGAUUCCCCGCUUCCGGAAUCAGCACAUGACCCUGGUGUGGUGGGCACCUAACAGCCCAGUUAACUUUCUAAGGAAGCAGAAGACGGGAGGGGAGGCAUUGACAUAGGUCAUAACGCAUUGGAGUUUCAAAUCCCGCAGACCUGCGGGUGCCACAUUCCUGACGGUGCCAUUUUUGGCCUGUGAUGUUUUAUCCUUAUAAUGUGAAUAAAGGCACUGACUGGUGCUUUUAUAGUAGAGUCCUAUAGCCGUGGGUGGUCUUGUGGUUGUGUGUGUUCUGUCCCCAUCUCCAUCCCCAGCUGGCAGGAUGGCCACCCUCCUCGCACCAGUCAUGUGAGGAAUCUUCGCCUGUCCUUGUCAGCCACUCCGGUGUGACAUGGACAAGGGAAAUGCCAGUCUCAGUGUCCCUCUGGGACCUGUCCUGGUCAAGUCCCACCCUUCCCAGAUUAUUACCAGCCCCUUUUUGCCCCUCUCCUACCCUUUUCCUUUUUGGGGAGCACCUGUCCAAGACAGGGCUCAUUUUUGCACUUAUCUCUAGUUUAAAGAGAUUGCUGAUGCCGAGAGCCUUGCUUUUUCGUCCUUUCCCUAUUCCGCAGGCCAGACAGAAACAUGUCUUGACUGUUUGCUGCCCUGAAACCUCCAGUGUUUUCUCCACUUUGUUUUAAGAAGCAACAGGUACAUGUUGCUCUUUUUAUCUGAGGCCUGGGGUUCUGCUCACCGGCCCCACCUCACUUCCUUUGCCUUUCCUUCUGCUGGUCUCGACUGGCCGCAGGAGGGGGCCUCAUUGUCUCCCAUGCAUGCUCUGCAGGGUUGAGGUGUGCUGUGUUCUUCUAGACCUAGCAGUCCCCAGCUGAGUGAAUGGGAGUGGAUUUGUGCGUUUUCAUAAUGGCCAUACUCCCCUUGAAAGUUUUUGGACAUAUUUUGGUGUGCAGUGUGUGCGUGUGUGCGUGUGUGUAUAAAUACACAUGUGUUCCUUUUGAAGAAGCUUUACGGAGUGUGUUCUGAUUUUUUGAGGUUUAGUGAUAAUUAGCUCUAGUAGGUGCUGCUACAGUUUUUAUUUAGCAUGGGAAUUGCAGCGUGACCAGCGCACUGGACUCCGAGGUGGUUUAGACAAGACAGAGGGCAGCAGUGGCCGUCAUCCUCAUGCCAGGAGCUUCUCCAUUCCUGCGCGUAGAGACUGUACCCCAUGAAGAACACACGGGAAGACUUUGUGACUGUCACUUGCCUUUUUCUUGUUCUGCGCUUCAGUAGCAAGUGUUGGGAAAUGAGACUCUCUCCUGGCCUCUGCCCCUGGGAGCAGCAUGAUUGUCCCUCCAGUCGGAACCAUCCAUCUUUCUCUGGCCUGACCGGACGGGAGGUGGGCCAGGCCAAGGACAGAACUGGAGGCAGCCCAUGUAGGGAAUGGGGCCUCGAGGCCACACUUGUGGAACAUUUGGACUGCUAUUCUCGAGCUUCUAUUUCUGGUGUGUUCGUUGCACAGCUGUUUGAAAUGUUUAAUAAAGCUUUAUAAACUUUG